AUGACAGCUGCCUUUAACUGCAAGAGGCAGCCAGAAUUUUGCCUGGAUUAUGGCAUUCGCUGCAGCAGCUGUGCAGUUUCAGCUGUCACCCACCGUUCUGUAAAGGACAAGAAGCCAAUCCCGACACAGAAGUGGACAAGUCAGUACUUUGGUCGAGGAUGCUGGACAGACUGGUUCGACAGAGACAACCCCUCUGGAACUGGAGACUGGGAAGACCUCUCCAAUCUUCGCAAAGAGAACCCAGGGAAGAUCUGCGCUAAACCACUGGAUAUUGAAGCCAAAACUCUAUUUGGACUCAGUCCAGCUGCAGCAGGGGAGAUUAUUCACAAGAGUGACACAGUGUCAGGAUUUGUCUGCAGAAACCAGGACCAAUCCAGGAAUAAGAAGUGUAAUGAUUAUCGUGUUCGCUUCAGAUGUCCUUCAUCUUUCUGUGAUAGAAGAGUGUGCUGGACCAAGUGGUAUGACCGGGACGAUCCAGGUGGAUCAGGGGACUGGGAACUUUUGAGUAACCUGAAGAAAGAAAACCCAGGACAAAUCUGUGACAGCCCACUGCAGAUUGAGGCUGUUACCACUGACAACAUGACCCCAGCCAUCUCCACAGGGGAGAUCUUCUUCAGCUACAGCCCAAUUAAGGGAUUUGUUUGCCGCCAAGAGGACCAAAAAUCCCGUAGGUGCUGUGACUACAAAGUUCGAUUCAGAUGCCCAUGCAAAUGAUGACGCUCUGACUCCACAGCCGACGCAAG